UUCCGCUUGGUUCAGGGGGGAACGACAGCGACGCCCACGGAAAUGACAGCAGCGUGACCAGUUCCGUUGUUGUCGCUUACGUGGAGACAGGAAGUGUCUUCCCUUGGUUUCCGGAUUCGAGUCUCGGUUGAUGUUGUUGUGGAUCUACGAUGGCCCAGGACUCUGCGCUUUCUCUCCGGGUGUCGGAGAUCAGCGACCCGGCGGUUCUCUUUCAGUGCUAUAAUACUGAGGAGAUCCGCGGAAUCGAACGUAAAGUCCGCGGGGAGAUCGAGCAGAAGAGGGAGGAGCUGAGGCAGAUGGUAGGCGAGCGGUACCGGGACCUUAUCGACGCCGCCGACACGAUCGGAGAGAUGAAGCAGUGUUCGGAGAGCGUCGUGCAGUCCAUCCAGGACAUGCAGCAGUACUGUCACAGGCUGAAGCAGGGCAAAGCCAGCGUGGCCAGCUGCAGAGUGGAGAGCCAGACACAGUGGCAGGUAAAGUUCUACACCAUGGCCUCCCAGAUCAAGCUGCUUUUGGAGAUCCCGGAGCGGAUUUGGAGUGCCAUGGAGGCGUCUCAGUACCUCCAAGCCACGCAGCUCUACCUGAUGUGCUGCCACUUGCACCAUCUGCUGCAGCUGGAGGCCACUACAGCAGGCCUCUACAGCUCCGUCCUUGUCCGAUUUCCCAUCCUAAUCCGCCAGGUUGCCACCACUGAACACUUCAGGGCAGCCAUUCUGCUGGACAGCAGGUCUCUGCUGAGGGGCCGGGCAGUGUCGGACCAGGCCAUUGCUGAAGCCUUAGUGUCCAUCAUGCUGCUUGAAGACAGCUCUCCUCGGCAGGCUCUGGCUGACUUCUUGUUGGCCCGGAAAUCAUCCAUACAUCAGCUGCUGAACCAACCGCAGCAUGGUGCAGGGAUCAAGUCCCAGGUGUGCAGCCUUGUGGAGCUGCUGGUCACUACUCUGUUUCAGGCCUAUGCCAUCUUCUACCUCCCCCCAGAGGGCAGCCCCAGGCCAGGGGAUGAAGCUUUGAGCUGUGGCAUGCUCUUCUCUGUCCUGGACAACGUCACAUCUACGAGUCCUGCAGCUAAGGAGAGAAGGGUGUUGCAGGAAGAUGUGAGUACAGGCAGCUGGUUAAAGUAUCUGCCUGCAUCCAUCUCAGAGUUUCAACCUGUCCUUCGCACCCUGGCUCAGCCAAUCCAGAGGGAGCACCUGCAAGACACUCUUCAACAGUGGAUCGAUACCUGUAAGGAGGACAUCUGCCAUGGUGUUGGUAGCCUUUUGGUCUACGUCAAGAGCCUGAAGGGGCUGGCAGCCAUCAGAGAUGCUGUUUGGGACCUUCUGUCAGCAGACUCCAUCAGUCAGCACUGGAACACCGUCUGUCAGCGUCUGCUGGAGCACCCCCUAACUCUCUGGGAGGACAUAUUGCAGCAGCUCUUCCUCCAGCGGCUGCAGGUCAUCACUAAAGAAGAAACUGAAGCCAUCUCAGUGCUAUCUAUCCAGCUCCUUACAUCAGCUGUCAGGGAUCUGCAGAGCCAGAGCGUCCAUUCAUCUUCAGGUACCCACAGCAGCCAUGGGGCCCAGUAUGAGGUAGAUGUCUCCUCCUUCUUGUGGUUGGAGUCUCCAGGGGACCUGCUGAAUGACGCAGGCUGGUUCAGUGUGAGCCAGCGGGGCCAGCAGCAGCAUAGGAGUGGCCUGGCCAUGAAGACUCAGGCCCUCACACCCUGUGUCCAGAACUUCUGCUCUUCCAUUGAUGCAAAGCUGAAAGCCAGACUGGAUGAUCUCCAGCACUACCUUCCCUCCCAGGAUGUGGGCUCUGACUCCAUUUUAGCCACUGUCCCUUCCUCUGGAUCUGCUGAUAAGCCAUCAUCAUCCUCAUUUAAUCGCUUCAUCGACUCCUCAGCAGUGGAGGAGGCGCUGCGUGACGGCUGUUUGGCCUGUGUUCACCACAUUCUGUCCUUCAUCCGAUCACAGCUGGCUGCAGUCUCGCCAGACUCCAGGCCCAUCUGCCUCAGUUCAGUUCUAUUCAUGGCCAGGCUGUGCCAGUCUAUGGGCAAACUGUGCCCCAACCUGAAGCAUUGCAUCCUGGGAAAGCAGUGUGGUUUUGACAGCACAGCCAAAGGGACCCCCAGGCAAGGCAAGAAGUUGGGCAAAGCCACGGCCACUGCAGAGGUCAGGCCUUCCCAGGACAAGUGGGAGGCGCUGAAGGAUGAGCUUCUUGGCUGCAGUAUGGAGGCCUACCGCAUCUGGAGCGCCGCUCUUUCUAAAGGGCUGUUGGAGAAGUUUGGCACGGUGCUUCAUGCUGAGUCUGCAGGCACCAUCUUAGCUACAGCAACUAACUGGGAGGAUCUGGAAAUCCAGGAGGAGACUGAGUCUGGAAGCAGUGUUACAUCCAAAAUCCGUCUUCCAGUACAGCCAACGUGGUUUGUGCAGUCCCUGCUGUUCCAGCUAUGUGUGGAAAUAAACAGGGUGGGAGGCCACGCCCUUCCUCGCUCCACCCUCCAGGAACUCCUGCAGACCUGUUUGACUGAAGUCCUGCACCAUUACCACAGCCUGACACAACAGACCAGCAGCACGGAUGCUGUAUUCCCCAUGACUCAGAACAGAGCCCUGCAGUUCCUGUUUGACCUUCGUUACCUGAGCGCUACACUGGGGAGCAGACUGGAAGAACUGAAGAACUCCCGACCACAGCAAGACCCAAGAUUCCAUGAAACCUGUGAUUGGCUGGAGAGCUUCAUUGACCCCUUUGACCUGGACGUGUUUACGCCUCACCUGAACGCCAGCCUCAACCGCCUGUCUCAAAGGACCUUGGUCCUGCUGGGGCUCCUGACAGGCUCAGAGAAGCAGUUUGCUUUGCGAAGCAGCAGUUUGAACUCCCAGGAUCCUUACAACAUACUGCCGCUAGCCAGCAGCCAGAUCAGGUUCGGGCUGCUGCCUCUCAGCGUCUCAAAUGUGCAGAAAUCCAAGGCAGCUUCCAGAAGCUCUGAAGCUCCUCAGCAGCUGGUGGCUCCUCAGUCCUUCACAGCAGGCAGUGAUGACAGCUUCCGGCCAGGCAGCCUUUUCAGGCAGCUCGCUGAUCAGGAUGAAGACACAGCAGCGACUUCUUUAUUUAAGCUUAACUGGCUCUCUGGGAUGGGCAAAUAAUUCUCAGCUGGCUGCUUUGUUACAGUGACAUGUACAGUAAAUACUCCCUUUAUGUGUUGACAAAAUGCCUCCUGUGUGAUGUGUAAAUGUUGUGUAAGCACUGACGUGUGUUGAGCAGCGAUACUUUAGUUUGAAUGUGUGCAUACACAAGCAGCAUCGUUCAGGCACUCUGUGUUCCUGAAAGGAAACUGUAUGUGACAGGGUGGAUGCUUCCUCUGUAGUGCUUUUCUACUCUGAACACGACUCGCCUCAUUCACACUUUCAUUAUGCUCCUUCUACCAAAGUGCUUUUAACAUUUACACUCAUACUCUGAUGGAUGCAUCAGAGAGCAGCUUAGGCUGUGGCUGGUUGCUGGGGGGUAGGCUGAAACAUGUUUAACACACUGUGGUUUGUGACAUAUAGACUGAUGCAGUCAGCUUCUAUCACAGGAUGUCUCCAAACUACUGUGAGUACUGUGCAGAUGUGAACAUGCUGACACGGUGAAUGAAGCGUCAUCCCUGCAAACACUCCAGCUGAUCAGCUGAUACAUUCUAUACUGGGUUCUUCAUUUUCUUUGGCUGUUAAUAUGUCAGGUUUUAUUUUAUGUAUUUAUUAAGUUCAGAUAGAGAUGUAUGGCUGCCAUGAUGGCAGAAAGCAGGUUGACUUUAUUAUUAUUGCCUCAGAGUAAUCACCAGUGUGACACAUCACUGUGGUGAUUAGUGCAGUCACCUCACAUCAGAGAGGUUGUGGCUUCGAGUCUGUGCUUGUAUGGACUCUGAACAUAUGUUAAUCAUGAGUUCUUAUUGGUUGUUGGGUAUGUAAGUAUUGUAAUGCUAAAUGUGACUUGUGGUUAAAUGUUGCUGGUCUCUCGCCAAAAUAAACUCAGCCAACCCUUCA